AUGAAGACAGCCACAGUCUUGCUUCUGGUGGCUUUGAUCACCAUGAGCAUGAAUAUGGCCUACGCUCUGUUUUCUUCUAAAAAAAUAGUAAAGCCUGGAGCUUGUCCCAUGAUAUCACCAAUACCAGCUGGCAUUAGUGUUAAUCAGUGCUCAGGAGAUGAAUCGUGCCCCAAAAUGAAGAAGUGCUGUCCUAGACACAAUGACCAAGGCAAGUGA